AGGGGGUCUCGCUGAUGGCGGAGCCGGUGGAGGAGGAGCUGGGGGCGCUGGCUGCUAUCUUCUGCGGGCCCGGCGAGUGGGAGGUGCUCAGCCGCUCAGAGACCGACGGCGCCGUGCUCAGGAUUCUCACGGAAGCCGAGGGGCCGGCGGAGGACGCGGCCGUGCCCCUGGAGUUGGUGUUCCACCUACCGGCCGGCUACCCCUUGUGCGCGCCCGGCGUCUCCGUCGGCUCCGAGCGCCUGACCCGGGCCCAGCGCGCGGCCGUGAGGGAGCAGCUGCUGGAGCGCGCGCGGAGCCUCCCCGCGGAGCCGAUGGUGCACCAGCUGGUGCUGUGGGCGCAGCAGCACCUCGGGCGCAUCCUCGCCCAGACGGGCGCUGGCGCUGGCCCCGGCCCCGGCCCCGGCCCGUGUCCUUCCGCCGGGAGCGCGUGUCCUUCCGCCGAGAGCGCGACGGGGGACGAGGGGCUGUGGAUGGCUCUUCUGCGCCUGGACCACAUGCGAGCGAGGGCCAGAUACGUGAAGGCCGUGCGGCAGUGGGCGGCCGACCUGGGGCUGACCGGGAGGCUCAUGUUCCUGGGCAGGGUCAUCCUGCUGCUCCUGCAGGGCCGCAGGGGCGACAUCAAGGAGUACCUGGUGCUGCAGAAAACCUGCCGAGUGGACGUGGACGCGAGUGGGAAGAAGUGCCGAGAGAAAAUGCUCAGCGUGCUGUUCGAGAGCCAGAUGCAGCCGGAACACACGAGGUUCCCGGCGUUCGAGGUCAGGGAGUACGCGGGCGCGGACGAGCUGCGGGGGGAGUUCGAGGCCGCCGGCCUCCAGGGGCUGUUCGCCGCGGUGGUGCUCGGGCUGCUGAAGUGAAGCGGAGGACGGCGCGUCCGGAAAAACAGCACUGCCCUCGUUCGCUGCUGUUCGGGUGGACUUGGGGCUGGAAGGCUGCAGUCACUCAUAAGGGGUGGUUUUGAAGUUUUCGUGAGGCCAGGUGGUAGAUACCGUCCUGGUUUCAGGAACAAACGCCGAUUCUGUUGGUGGAAUCUCAGACAAGCCCCCGGGGGUCCUGAUUUGGGCAGCGAAGGCUGCGGGUUUGGUGGGCGGAACGGUCUGCAGAGGUAAGAACAGGACGGUGGGAACCAGCCCUCGCGCGAUCUCUUCUCGGGUUUGUUCCGAACUGGGCGAUUU